UUAUAUAUAUUAGCAAUGGUCAAGAAGUUUUUUAGAAAGCAAAGUAAAAGAGUCUCUUGUAGUACCAAAUAUAAAAUUCGUCAUAAGGUUAGCGAACAUAAUAAAAAAAUUAAAAAAUUGCAAAAAAAUAAAACUUCAAAAUCAAAUAAAAGAAAAGAAACCUUUAAUAUUCCAAAUUCAUUUCCAUUUAAAAAUGAACUCCUAAACCAUGCCAUUGAAUUAAAAAAUCAAAAAUUAUUGGAAAAGAAACAAAAAAUGAAAGAAAAAAAAUUAGCAAAGCAUUCAAAACAUGUAAAUGAUUAUCAAGGGGCUAACACAGAAAAGGAAAUUUUUGUUGAAAACAUUAAUUUUAAAAAAUGUUCAACCAAUUUUAAAAAUUUUAGAGGAAUAUUAAAACAGGUUAUAGGAGAAGCGAAUGUUUUAUUAUUGGUUUUGGAUGCCAGAGAUCCAAUGGGCACUUGUUGUUUUGAUUUAAAAAAUGUUAUACCUGAAUUUCAACGUGAAAACAAACGUUUGAUAAUAUUACUUAAUAAAAUAGAUUUGAUUUCUCGAGAUUUAAGCGAUGAUUGGGUCAAAUACCUCAAAACGCUCGCUCCCACGAUACCCUUCAAAGCCUCUACGCAAACGCAAAAUGAUAGAUUGGGAGAUAAUUCGUGCAACCCUCAAUUGAGCUCCACCUUUGGUCGACAACGUUUGGUAAAACUUUUUGCCAAUUAUUGCCGGAAUAAGGAUUAUAAAGCUGGCAAGAACUCUCUAGUUAUAGGAGUCGUGGGUAUGCCUAAUGUCGGGAAAAGUAGCGUGAUAAAUAGCUUGAAAAGGAAAAAGGUUUGCGAAUUUGGUUCUGUUCCAGGGAUUACCAAGUGUUUGAAGACGGUCAAAAUACAAAGUAAUAUCAGUUUGAUCGAUACACCUGGAGUCGUGUUUAAUGGCGAUGAUCAAAAUUCUGACGCAAAUAACGACAACGAUGAUGAUAACAAUGACGCCCAAUCAAAUUCCAUGUUUUUGAAGAAUAUUUUGAAAUUUGAUCAAGUGGAUGCCAUCGGAUGUGUUGAUCAAAUCCUGGCAAAAUGUGAUAAGAAACAACUUACCAUGAAAUACAAUAUCCCGAAUUUUGAGAAUGCAGACGAAUUUUUGACGGAAUUGUCUAAAAGGCUCGGUAAAAUUGGUAAAGGUGGUGUUCCCGACUUCGAAUCGACUGCCAAACACGUACUGAGAGAAUGGAACCAGGGUAAAAUUAAGUAUUCCACUCCAGUUCCACUUAUCCCCAAAGAUGAGGGAAUUCUUAAUAACGAAUGCGCUAUAAUAGUUCAAGGCUGGAGCAAGGAGUUCCAAAUUGAUAAAUGCGAUGAAGACAACGAUGUUGGUAAUGAGGAGAUAAAUUCAAUGGAGGAUGAAUAAACUUAUUUGAUAUUAUUGUUCAUAUUGAUUUAAUAAAAUUAUUGAUAUUGCUCAAUAAAAACCACGAUUAAUAUAAAAAUACCCUUACUUUACU